CGCUACCAAACAGCAACGCGUGACACGCCACAGUUAACCAACCAUGGAAGCUGCAGAAAGCAAGCAAGCAAGCAGCAGCCGUCGCCGGAGGUUGCCUGUCGAUUCCAUUUCUUCUCUGCAACAUCAACUCCACGUUUGGCUUUCCAUCGAUUUGCUUUUUCUCUCUCGCGCGCGCGCAGGGGCCGGGCAUUAGCAGCUCUACUCUGCCAAUGGAAGACGCGGAGCUUCCGAUCCAACAUGGCGGCACGCUAUCUGCUGAGGACCAAAAGAAGCCACUGUCCGUGACGAGCUGCCUGCUGCCAGCAUGCAGCCUGAGAUCCACAGCAGCGGUUGCCCCUGCUGCUCAUGCUGAAAGCCAAGCCGCCGGCGAUCUCUGCAUCCGGUCAUUGUCCUUCUCCAAGCUCUUGAGCUUCAGAAUGGCCAGGGCGCCGUCAUCACUGUCCACCUCGGAGUACAUUGAUCAAAUUGAUCCUGAAACUCCAGGUAACAGCAGCACCACCAAGGAGGAGGAGGAGAAGCUGAAGCAGAUAUGCCGCUCCCAGUCCGUGCCUACGAGCGGCAGGCUGUUCAAGGUGGCAAAAGGGUUGAGGAGAGUAGCGGACUCCAGCUCCCUCGGCCCUGCCCCGGCUGGAGUGUUCCGCCUCAGAUUGGUGCCACUUGUUCCUCAAACGGAGGCAAGCGCCACUGCUGCAGCCGGGGAGGAGGAAGCGUCGGCAGAAGACAUUGCGGCGGAGGAAGCGGUGUGCCGCAUCUGCAUGGUGGCGCUGUCGGAAGAGGCGGUGCUCAAGCUGGAGUGCUGCUGCAAGGGUGAACUGGCCCUGGCGCACAGGGGAUGCGCCAUCAAGUGGUUCAGCAUCAAGGGCAACGGCACCUGCGACGUCUGCAGCCAGGAGGUGCUCAACCUCCCCGUCACCCUGCGCCGCCUCCAUCACCAUCCAUCCAUUCAGGCUCAGCAUCAAGCCGAUCCCACCACCACGGCCACCAGCAGCCGUCGCUACAGAGUGUGGCACGGCACACCGAUCCUCGUGAUUAUCAGCAUGCUCGCCUACUUCUGCUUCCUGGAACAGCUGCUGGUUGCUUGCUUGCUGCACCUUCGUUCUCUCCGUUUACCUGGCCAUUGCAUAAUCCUGUCAAGUGUUCUACCAGAUCCAACUAAUGAACCUCCCAACUACAUACAUCCAGGUCGGCGACCAUGGGACCGCGGCUCUGGCCAUCUCUUUACCCUUCGCCUGCGCCCUCGGCCUCUUCUCCUCUCUCACCACAACAAAGAUGGUGUCCAGGAGAUAUGUGUGGAUCUACUCUGCAGUGCAGUUCCUCUUCAUUGUGCUCUUCACCCACCUCUUCUACAGAUACGUGCGGAUGCAAGCUGUGAUCGCCAUCAUCCUGUCCACCUUCGCCGGCUUCAGCAUGGCCAUCUGCACCAACUCUGUCCUCCUCCAGAUUCUCAGAUGGAGGGCCAGGCAUGUGGCAUCGCCAACCACAACCACAACUGGAGAAGGAGGUCAUAGUUCCAGGGAACCACCGUCAGCAGACCUUGAGAUUGCUUUGCCUCCUUCGUAGCUCGCUUCACUACCAUCCAAUCCUCUCCAGUUUAGUUCAGUCCAGCACCAGCUCCCCCUCCAGCUAGCUGUGUUUGUAUAUAGCUUCAUCCUUUGUUUGCUGAGACCUUCUUGUAUGCAUGAACCGUCCUUUCUGGCUUUCUAUCAUUCUAUGGUACUAAUCCGUGACAGUGAGCAUCCA